AUGGAGGGGCCAGACUUGUCCUACGCUUGCUUGCUGACCCACUUCUGCUGGAAAGUGGACAGCAAGGCCGGGAUGGAGCCGCCAAUCCACAUGGAGUACUUGCGCUCAGGGGGCGCGAUGAUCUUGAUCUUCAUCGUGCUGGGUGCCAGGGCAGUGAUCUCUUUCUGCACCCUGUCCGCAAUGCCGGGUUACAUGGUGGUCCCGCCAGACAGCACCGUGUUGGUGUAG